AUGGAUAGACUCUACACUCACGAGAGUCAUGCUUAUGAGGCCGUGAAGGGUCUCCAAGGCCUAGAGAUUCCGCGCUAUUAUGGCUCAUACUCCAUAAGUCUUCCUAUAUCGCCGGGUUCUCAACAAAACCGUGAGGUUCGAAUGAUUUUGAUUGAGUUCAUCAAUGGACCCUCUAUGGGGGAUAUCUGGGGUAAAGAGAAGGAGGUUUCGCAGCAAGCCCGGCGGAGGAUGAUGCGUAUGAUCAUUGACCUCGAAACCCGAAUCUUUGAACAAAAUGUAAAGUUGGAAGAUCUCGCUCCGCGGAACGUGAUGCUCGUGGGGCCAGUUGAGCAGGCGGGUGUGGUGUUUGUGGAUUUUGGAGAUGUUUUACUGAAGCUCUGUCGAGCCAAUUCCGUGACCGAAGUAGAAAGCAGAUACCUGGGUCAGUACGUAUCGCCACUCCUGCGCUGGGUACAUUCUCCACCUUCCGAGUUCUUCAGAAUGGUGGGAUGGGAUUGGCAGUCAUGGGUCGAGCGCGAGUUUGCCAAUACUGAAAGUACGAUCACGCCGGAGAUGCGAAAGGAUUGGGAUAACGAGGGAAUCGAAAUGGAAUAA